AUGCCCGAACCAAGUGACAACGAGCCACCACCAACACCGCCCGUUGGUAGGCGAAGAGCACCUACCAUCACAAUCGACACCACUGCCGUCAGCCCCGCCGCCAGCGCCGUCGACAUGACCGACGGCCCAGACAGCCAACCGCCGGCGCAAAUCGUCACUUCACCUCCCGAAGACGACACCACCUCUCCCACCACUCUGGCCGCCGAGCCCACCACCUACACACACCGCGUCGGACGUCCCGAUCUCCGUACCGACAUCUCGUUUGACAGCAGAGACAGCCGCCCAACCAGCCCGCACAAUGUCUCCAGCCCCGUCCUCGGCUUCACCGAGCGCGGUGCUGGCUUCCUCGCCGUCCCCUCUGCUGACGCCCGCCCUCGCCAAAACUCACUUGAAUCUGAGGACGCCACCAGAUCAUUGCAUUCAAAUGGCGAAACAACGGUAGUCGCUUCCAAUUCGACCCAGACUGACAAGUACAAGUCCUCAUCGCUGAGCAACGAGAAGAUCAUGAAGGAUGACACCGCCUUGAAACCCGAUGUCGGCACUGAAAAGGAUUUUGAGGUCGACAACAAUCCCUUUGCCUACACCCCCGGCCAGCUAGGCAAAAUGUUCAACCCCAAGAGCCUCGCAGCCUUUCACCAACUCGGCGGCCUUCACGGCCUCGAAAAGGGUCUUCGCACCGAUCGCAAGUCCGGCCUCAGCCCCGACGAGACUCAUCUUACCGGCCAUGUCUCCUUCGACGAAGCCACCGCUGCCAGCAAAAACGCCAAACUCAACACCGAGGGCUCUGCACCCCCCACCGUUGAGCGAACCGAUACCCGCGCCAGCAAAGCCAGCAAGGCUAACGAACAGUUUGUCGAUCGCUACCGCGUCUUUCGCGACAACCGUCUCCCCGUCAAACAGGGAAAAUCACUCCUUCAGCUCAUGUGGAUCACCUACAACGACAAGGUUCUAAUUCUUCUCUCCAUUGCUGCCGUCAUUUCGCUUGGUGUUGGUCUCUACCAGACCUUUGGUCAGAAGCAUGAACCUGGCGAGGCCAACGUUGAGUGGGUUGAGGGUGUCGCCAUCAUCGUUGCCAUUGCCAUUGUCGUCAUUGUCGGUUCCCUCAACGAUUACUCCAAGGAACGCCAGUUUGCCAAGUUGAACAAGAAAAAGCAGGAUCGUCUUAUCAAGGUGGUGCGCGGUGGGAAAACCACACAGGUUUCCGUUUUUGAUCUCAUGGCCGGUGAUGUCAUACAUCUCGAGCCAGGCGAUCUCGUCCCCGUCGAUGGUGUCUUGAUCGAUGGCUUCAACAUCAAAUGCGACGAAUCUCAGACGACUGGAGAAUCUGACAUCAUCACGAAGCGACCUGGCGAUACAGUCUUCAGUGCCAUUGAAGGCCAUCAAAGCCUUAAGAAGAUGGAUCCCUUUAUUCAGUCCGGCUCCCGCAUCAUGGAGGGUGUGGGUACAUACAUGGCCACGUCAACUGGUAUCUACUCUUCAUACGGCAAAACUCUCAUGUCCCUCAACGAAGAUCCUGAGAUGACCCCGCUACAAGCCAAGCUCAAUGUCAUCGCCACGUACAUUGCGAAGCUUGGUGGCGCUGCUGGUCUACUGCUGUUUAUUGUCCUCUUCAUCGAAUUUCUUGUCCGUCUUCCCCGCCUUGACAGCUCGUUUACUCCCGCCAAGAAAGGACAAAUGUUCCUUGAAAUCUUCAUCGUCGUCGUCACAAUUAUCGUUGUUGCUGUACCCGAAGGUCUUCCCUUGGCAGUCACUCUGGCGCUCGCCUUUGCCACUACCCGAAUGUUAAAGGAUGCAAACCUCGUGCGCCAUCUGAAAGCAUGCGAGGUCAUGGGCAACGCUACCAGCAUUUGCUCUGAUAAGACUGGUACUUUGACGCAGAACAAAAUGCAAGUUGUUUCCGGCACGGUUGGAACUACCAACCGCUUCGGUGGAGUGAAGCAGCGCGAUUCCAGCGAACCCGACUCCCCCGCUGGAUCGUUCCAAGACUCCAGCGCCGACAUCACCCCUACCCAGUUCGUUGGUAUGCUCAGCGAACCUGUCAAGGAGCUACUGCUUAAAUCGGUUGCUCUCAACUCAACGGCCUAUGAAAGCGAAUUCGAGGGGAAGAAAACAUAUCUCGGCUCCAAGACUGAAGCGGCUCUCCUGCUCUUUGCUAGAGACUUUUUGGGCAUGGGCCCCGUUGCUGAGGUUCGCGAAAGCGCCACCGUUAUCCAGAUGAUUCCCUUUGACUCUGGCCGCAAAUGCAUGGGAAUUAUCGUGCAGCUGCCCAAGGGCAAGUUCAGACUUUACGUGAAAGGUGCCUCGGAAAUCAUGCUCGCUCAGUGCAAGACUACCUUGCAUGACCCUGCCAAGGAUGACUCCACCACAUUCAUGACUGAAAGCAACGUCCAGACCUUAAGUCGGGUCAUCGAAAGCUACGCCAACAGAUCACUCCGUACUAUCGGUCUCUGCUAUCGUGACUUUGAUGCGUGGCCUCCCAGGGAUGCUCGCCGCGACGACGACAACAACGUUGUCUUUGAAAGCAUCUUCACGAAAAUGACUUGGCUUGGUAUUGUUGGUAUCCAGGAUCCUCUUCGCGAUGGUGUAUAUGACGCCGUCAAGCGGUGUCAGCAUGCCGGUGUUGUGGUGCGCAUGGUCACUGGUGAUAACAAGCUGACUGCUCAAGCUAUUGCCAAGGAAGCCGGUAUUCUCCAGCCCAACAGUUUGGUGAUGGAGGGACCGGAGUUCCGCAACCUCGGAAAACUGAAGCAGAUCGAAAUCGCUUCCAAGCUCCACGUCCUGGCCAGAUCCAGCCCCGAAGACAAACGCAUCCUCGUCAAGCGCCUCAAGGAAAUGGGCGAGAUUGUCGCUGUCACUGGUGACGGCACCAAUGACGCGCCUGCCCUGAAAACUGCCGACGUGGGCUUCUCCAUGGGCAUCGCCGGUACCGAGGUCGCCAAGGAGGCUUCUGCUAUUAUUCUGAUGGAUGACAACUUUACGAGCAUUGUCAAGGCCCUCAAAUGGGGUCGUGCUGUCAAUGAUGCGGUGAAGCGCUUCCUGCAGUUCCAGCUCACUGUCAACAUUACCGCCGUCGUUCUCACCUUUGUCUCGGCCGUCUCUAGCAGCGAUGGAAAGUCCGUCUUGUCCGCUGUGCAACUGCUUUGGGUCAACCUGAUCAUGGACACGCUUGCUGCUCUCGCUCUAGCGACUGACCCACCUCAGGAGAGCGUACUCGACCGCAAACCCGAGCGAAAGGGCGCAUCCAUCAUCUCCCCCACCAUGUGGAAGAUGAUCAUCGGACAGGCCAUCUACCAGCUUGUCAUUACCUUUGUGCUGUACUAUGGAAGCCCCAAGGGCAUCCUCCCACUGCCUGGGCCAAAUGACAUCCCCCCCAAGGACCAACAGGCGACUCUUGUAUUCAACACGUUUGUGUGGAUGCAAAUCUUUAAUCAAUGGAACAGCCGCCGCUUGGACAACAACUUCAACAUCUUCGAAGGCUUGAGCAAGAACUGGUUCUUCAUCAUUAUCAACGCCAUUAUGUGUGGUGGCCAGGUCCUCAUCAUCUUUGUCGGCGGUGCCGCGUUCCAGAUUGCCGACUACCAGUCGCCCACCAUGUGGGCCAUUGCAAUAGUUCUCGGCUUCCUCUCCAUCCCCGUCGCUGUUAUCAUCCGCUUGAUUCCCGACUCGUUGUUUAUCGCUCUGGUUCCGAAUUUCCUAAAGAGCCGCCCAAGCAAGACUCCUUUCGUGACUCUUUCUUCCGACGAAAUGAGGGACAGGUACCCGGAGCCUUUCGCCGAGGUCCACGACAGUCUCGCCUUUCUUCGUAACUAUAAGGGCGGUCGCAUCAACACCAUUGCCCCGUCUCGCUCGCGCUCCAACUCGGUCAACGCUCCGCAGACGCCGGUGGGCGAGGAUGGCUUCCAAUACCCGGCGACCCCAGAGUCGAGAAACAGAUCCAGGUCCAACAGAUCGCGAUCCAACUCGGCGCUGGGCGGGGCCACUGUCAUGGCGGGUCUCAUUGCGGCUGGUGUUGCUGGGGCGUGGCAACCGGCGGACAGACGAUCGGUUGAUGAGCGAGAAGAGACGGCAGCCAAUGCGACUAAUGAACCAAGUAAUAAUUAA